UAAAAAAAGGGAAUUACUUCUUCUUAGGUGCAUGCCUAUGAGAGGAUGAACAGAGUCUUCAACUAUACUUUGGAUUCGUGUGGUCCUGUUUAUAUAACAGUUGGAGAUGGCGGUAACAUUGAGAAGGUUGAUGUUGAUCAUGCAGACGAUCCUGGAAAAUGUCCCUCUGCCAGUGACAAUAUUCCAGAAUUUGGAGGUGUAUGUCAUAUGAAUUUCUCCUUUGGCCCUGCAAAAGGAAAAUUCUGCUGGGAUAGACAACCUGAGUGGAGUGCCUACAGAGAGAGCAGCUUUGGACAUGGAAUUCUUGAGUUUGUAAAUUCUACAUAUGCACUAUGGACUUGGCAUAGGAAUCAGGAUAUUUACCAAGACAGCCAUGGUGAUCAAAUAUAUAUUGUUAGACAACCUGAAUUGUGUUCCAAUAGUUCAAAGUUAUUAAGACUGAUGGGAAGUGAUUGUUGACAUUUGUAUUUUGCAGCAGAAAGUAUUCAAUAAAGGUAAGGUGCAUCCAUGGCUCACAGAAUAAGGGGUAAAACUAUUAAGCACAACGUAUUCACUUAUGAAAGUAUUGUAAAAAUUAAUCCAGGUUACAUGUUCAGAACUAUGGAAACUCUUUCAUUCUUUUUGUUCUUUGCAGUCUUUCUGAAUGGGGCUGUAUAUUAUUCAGAACUUGUAAUUCAUUUUUAUGAAUAAUGUGAAGUGAAGGUCUUUUAUGAAUGGAGUUGAUAACUUCUCAAUGUUGCUUAUUUGUUACAGGGCAGUAAUAUCAAGUCACAGGCCCCACAAGCAAAUGUAGUAACUGAACUGAGAAAUCCUUCAUUUAGUAGCUUUUUGUGGUAUUAUUUCCUGCUCUUUAUUCUAUUCCUACAUCAAUAUUUGAUGAUUUGAAAAAAAGAAAAAAAAAAAAAAGUGGACCCCCUUCUCAUGAAUACUUUUUCCAGUAAUUGGUUUAGUUUCAAUUUGUAAUUGGGAAUAAAUUUUACACGAUGACGAUGGUCAA